AUGACUGGCUUUUGUGAGCGCUACCCACGUACCCGAUACCGAAAAAUUACGCGCGAGAGCGUCGCCGCCAGCGCGCAGCACUGCCCCAUCUGCACCGUUCUUGAUGAUGGUAUGGCGGCUUUCUGGGCUAGCCGCUGUAGGCCCAAGAACGAGGACCAGAAAGAGGUCAAAGAAGAUGAAAACAAGGCCCACGGAAAUAAGGGCGACAUGCCCAGUACCACCAAACGCCCAGGCGGGGGGCUGGCGCUGUGUGAAGAAAAUAUAACUCUUGAGCUGCGGCCUGGCAGGAGCCUCUGCAUCAACCGCCGGGACCGACAGAGGCAGGGGCAUUGGAAAGGCUUAACCAAGUAUCUUGGGCGGCUCGAGUUCUCCACUGAUGAAGAUGAUCAACGCCCUGCGUUUAACCCAGCCUUUGCGAGAGGCGCCGUCCCUCUGAGCUGCCCUAAUGCCGACUCUGUCGCAGCUAUCUUGAAGAGAUGGCUUAAAUUAUGCGAUGAGCAUGAGCAAUGUUCAUCCCCCCCCCAGAGCCGGCCCAAGCGGUUAAUUUACAUCUCCCCGGACGAGCAAACACUUAUCGAGACCAAGAGUCACCUGCUAGAUUGCUCACGUUAUGUGACCCUUAGCCAUUGCUGGGGCAAUCCGGCCAACGUCAAGCCACUCCAAACGACAAAGGAUUCGUACAAUGCACGAAUAGAGGGAAUAAACUGGGCGGAACUCCCAACUCUCUUCCAGGAUGUUAUCACACUGUUGCGCAAGCUUGGACUGUGUUAUCUGUGGAUUGACUCAAUAUGUAUCAUCCAAGAUGACGAUGGCGACUGGCUUGAGCAGUUGGCCCAGAUGGCCGGCGUCUAUUCGAACAGCUACCUCAACCUGGCUGCCGCCGCGGCUAAAGAUUCGUCUCAAUGUCUCUUCGAACAGAGGCUUCAGGUCUUUGCAGGUGCUGAUAAUGACGCUUUCGGCAGGCCAUCUGGCCCCAGCCUUCAUCUCGAAAAGUGGGCGGCCCAUGUGAUUCGACCCAGAGACAUUGCGUCGGCAUCCAUCCUCGUCCGGCCGCAUAACCAACUGGGCCAUAAUUGCGUCCUCGGGGACGAGACUACCGGCAGGGAGGCGGAAUGCCCAUUGCUUGACAGGGCAUGGGUUUACCAGGAGAGAUUGCUGGCGCCCCGAACCGCCUUUUUCUCACGUUCUGAGCUCAUGUGGCAAUGCUGGGAGUUCUCAGGCUGCGAGUGCAGAGAACUGGAUAACCAUUGGAACAUUUUGCCACAAGCCGAAGCCAUCUCUGAGCAGAACAACCUGUCCUCCUUAGACCGCCAGCUCGAGUCUCCAUGUUGGGAGAAAAGCUGGUUCGAGAAACUCCGAAGAAACUCUGGAAGUCCUGUCGCUACUCAGAACGCCCGCAACUUUUGGCUGUUAUGCGUGGCUCAGUAUAGCUCCAUGGCUCUGACGAGAGAGUCUGACCGGGCUCAUGCGAUUGCUGGAGUGGCCCUUAAGAUACGAGAAGUGACAAACGACAGAUACCUGGCCGGUCUUUGGUACCAAGACCUCCCUCGGGCCUUGACGUGGGCUUCAUUUCCUGACCUCAAAAGCAUCAAGAAUGCCACCCGACAUGAGGGAGGGAUCCCGACUUGGUCAUGGAUAUCUGCACAUAGGGGUUCGCACCUAUCGAUUUCAUACCCCUUUUCUCAUCGGUUCAAGGCGGACCCUCGAGUUCGCAUCAUUGAGGAGGGGACUUGGUGUAGAAUAGACGGCUACCAGUUCGGGCUCACACGAUCCGGCCAGAUCGAACUCGAGGCCGCUUCUCUGGCCGCGUUUAUUGCAGCGCAGACAUGUACCUACUUCUCCCGGAUUGCCCUCACGACCCUUCGGAACCUUUGA